AUGGCAAUCUUCAAACACAGAGCACUAGAUAUAAGAUGGCUUAGAAAACCGAGAUGUCGAAAAAUUGUUAUUAUAAUUAGUGUAAUUUUUAGCGUCAAUGUUUUUUUAGUGUACAGCUUAGUAAAUUCUUAUAGCGAUCCUUCUCUUGAAGAAGAAGAUCCUUCAGGAAGAGGACGCUACCACUUAGAGAAUAAAGAUUUUAAAUAA